AAUAAAGAUCUGGGAAGUACCGCGUGUAGUCUCCUCUGUUCCCAUGGCUCUGUCAUCCUGGACUACCUCCUCACCUACUGAGGUGCUGAGUGAGAUUGUCAUCCUGGCUCAUCCCCAGAAAAACACCACAGCUGCUCCCACUGAGCUAGUAGGCGAAGAGGAGGAUGUGAAAUGUUCCUGUCUGUUGUUCAAAGAGGACUUCCUGUCAGAGCAGUACUUUGAUAAGAACCAGCCAGCCAGUCUGGUGACAGAGAAGGAACACUUUGGAGAGGGUAUGCACAGAAGGGCCUUCCGGACCAGGCUCAAGGCCGGUAUGGUGCCUGUCUUCACCCAGGGCCACCACUGUGUGCUCAAGGUACACAACGCUAUCAGCUACGGGACCCAGAACAACGAGGAGUUGGUUCAGAAAAACUAUAACCUGGCCGUGGAGGAGUGCCAUGUUCAGAACACAGCCAGAGAGUACAUCAAGGUCUGGACAGCCGUGGCCCAGACACAGGAAGCCUUCGGAGAAGUUCCAGAGUGAGUAUGAUGUCAUCGCU